AUGGACCAUGACUUGGGACAGGUAACGAAUUAUAUUUAUAUAAAUGAGAAAGAUGCUUAUACUUACAAUGAGGCUAUGGAAGUUUGUACCAGUAUGAAUGCUACCAUGUUGACUGUGCAAUCAUGGCAGAAAUGGUAUACCAUACAACAGAUACACAACUCCUCAAAGGACUGGAAUAACGUACCACAUGAAGAGGCGUGGAUGGGUUUGACAAACACAAUCUAUGGUCAUAACUGGGUAGACUGCACUCCUCUGAAUUUUUCGCAGUUCGUAUUUUUCAAGGACGACAAACAAAUAGACUUUCGGCAUGACCAUCAGUGCUAUACCACAAAGGAACAUGAAAGCUACCGAUGGAAACAGAAGAAAUGUGAAGACAAGUUUGCAGUGAUUUGUGAGCAAAAAAUCCAAGGAGUGGUAUGUCCUUUGAGCACGAUUUUUGAGGUAGACAUUUACAAAUACAAAUCAGAGGACGAAGACAGCUGUCAGAAUUCAUGUGACGCCGAUGACAACUGUUACGCAAUGAUUUCCUACUCAAACGGAAGUGACCACUGCUUACAUUUGAGAAAAACCUCUACCAGUAAUCAGGCCAAAGUGGCGAUUAAACUGUGCGCGAAAGGUGAAGUCAAAAUGACAGAUGAAGUCUUGGUUCCAACAAAAAAUGAUGACAAAACACCCUCUUAUACCUGCUCUAACUCCCUCGCUAUCAAUGUUCCUACUACAACCAUAGUCAGCACCACAAGUACCGCCACUGUGUCCAUGACGCCGUCGUACACCACCGUUUAUGAAUCAACGAUCUGUGUUAACAUAACUGUGACAGCAACAGAAACUGCGUAUCAUAAUCUCACGACGUAUAUUCCUGAAACCACAAUUUCUUACAUCCAAUCACAUUUCACUGCUACCAUGACAACUGUAGUUCCAACUACUGUCAUUAUGACGUCAUACAUAGCGCCAUCUACUGUGACAGUGGAAGUGACGCCAUUGCUGACGACGUGUAACAAUCAAACAAAAUUUAUCAACAUCACAAACACACAAUAUAUACAAGAAGCAGUGGAAAACAUCACAAAAGCGUUAUAUGUGGACAAGACAACAAUAAGUUCUUAUGUACGAUCGAAAACGUGUGCCGAGGACGACCGAACUUCUUCUGCAACCGUGGGGUAUUUUGGAAUCGUUUUCAUUGCCGUUCCAUUUGGAUUGAUUUUCCUUCUUGACCUACAUCAAGUUUAUUUGCAGCUAAGCGAAACAGUUAGACAAUGUUGUCGUAAAGACCGCUAGAUUUAAAUCAUAACACGCCAAAGGAAAAUGAAAUUCAUAUAACAUGAUAUUGUACAACACCGA